UUUUUAAAUGCCUUAAGCGAUACAGUUUGUUAAGGAUAUAAGCGACAGUUUCGUUUUCUAAACGAAAACAAAAUGCCAAGAAGCAGAUCUCGGUCCCCUAGGAGAGAAAGAAGACAUUCAAGAGAAAGGAGGCGUCGUCACAAAAGUAGGUCAAGGUCCAGAUCACCAAGACGCAGGUCAAGAGAUCGAUACAGGUCAAGAUCACCUAGUAACAGGCACAGGGAAAGAAAAAGCAGGGAUGCAUCGGACAGACAAAAGGCUCCAGAACAUGAUCAGUAUCAUGUAAAACCGCCAGUUGCUGAUUAUCCUUCCGAUCACGAAGUUUUUGAGAUAGAAGACGAUGAUGAUGAUGAAGUUGUGGAAGAACCAGAAGAAGUGAAGUCCGAGGCGGCCAUGAUGAAAGCGAUGGGUUUUGUUUCAUUUGAUACCACAAAGGGUAAAAAGGUUGCAGGAAAUGAUAUAUACGUAGCAAACACAGCAAGAAAACGGCGAUACAGGCAAUACAUGAACAGAAGAGGAGGAUUCAACAGACCUCUGGAUUUUAUUGCAUGAUGUUUACUGAUGUGUUCAACUUGUAUGUAACAUUUUUCAUCUGCGUGGAAGAAUGGAUGUAAGACGUAAAGCAGUGUGAUUGAGAUUAUGAUUCAACAUUCUGGUGCGAUAUUGUUAAGCUUUGCAGCACAGGAGUAUCAUUAUUCUACAGACACAUGGAUAACUGGAAUUUUAGUUCACAAAAGUAUGGAUAAUGUCUGUUUAACUGGAACUUCAGUAAAUAAAAGCAAAGGUGGCAUCUGUUUGAUCAAAGAUGUAUUUAACUAAAACAAUGAUGGUAUUUAUUUAACAGGAAUUUUGUAAGUCAUAUUACACACAUUUUUUCCUGGUUGCAAGCAAUCCUACUAAAACAGAUAUGAAAACAAACACUAUCAAAAUAGCUAGUGCAAAUGAAAUUGAAUUUUAUAAUAUAUUUUGAAAUAUUGAUUUGAACAUUUUACAAUAUCUGUUUAUUCCCAAUAUGAUAUUAUACUUUGUAUUCUGAUCUGAAAGAAAAAUGGUUGAUUGGCUAUUGUAUUGAAAUUUUCUGGGAUCCUAAUUUCAUUUAGUAUGUUUUAACCAAAAUAAAAUUUCAAAAUUUUA